AUGGCGUCUAUUGUCAGGUUGAGUUCUGUGUGUCGCAGAGGAGUUAAACCUCUGUUCUUCCAAACGACGUUGCUAGCCAGACCGCUGGUUGUCCCGCACCAUUACCAGGAGCAGCCACACCAGCUCACGGCAAAGAUCCAUGCAUCUCAAGCUCUGUAUGCCGGCUCUGGCUCUAAAGCUGCCUCCAUGCACUGGACAGCAGAGCGUGUCUUGAGCAUUGUGCUACUGGCCAUGGGUCCUGUGGCCUAUUAUCAACCUGGUCCGGUCAUUGACUAUUCCCUGGCUGCAGCACUCACUCUUCAUGGUCACUGGGGCCUUGGUCAGGUGUUGACAGACUACGUUCACGGAGAGGCAAAGAUCAAGAUGGCCAAUGCAGGACUCUUCCUUCUGUCCACAGUCACUUUUGCAGGUCUUUGCUACUUCAACUACCACGAUGUGGGCAUCUGUAAAGCUGUGGCACUCCUAUGGAGCAAAUAG